AUGUCCGGCUUCUGGUGGGUCUUCUCCGUCAUCUUCAUCGCCUCCUACUCCAGCAAACUCAUUUCCUCCCUCACUGUGCGCUUCACCGUCCCUCCGGUCAAGUCCCUGAGGGAUAUGGUGGAGUCGAAGAAGCUCCUGUGGACGUAUUUGGCCAACAGUGCAAUGGAGGAGAUCUUUAGGAACUCUGCCCCCGACACCACCUUCGGCAUGGUAGGGCAGCUGCACAAGGAUCGACCGGGGCUCCUCGUCGGGAGUUUCGAUGAGGGCGUCGAGGCGGUUCGGACUCAGAAGUUCGCGUACCUCGAGGUGACCUUUUGGGGGACGGGAAGGCUUGAUCAGCAGCAACUCGAGGAGGUGUCUUGGCGUCUGUUUGCUGUGGCUGACGAAGAGGCGCUGUAUGGAGAGUGCCGCAUGACCGUUGUCAGGGAUCACUUCUUCUCGACGAGGUUUGGCAUUAUAUUACAGUCUGGAUCACCCUACAGGGAUGUCUUCACGAUACACAUCCUUGAGGUGAUCCAGUCGGGGUUAAUGGCCGUCUGGAAGAAGAAGUACUGGCCGGUAUCUCGCUGCAUCGGAUCCAGCACCAAGGCCCCUCUAAGGCCCCUGAACAUCUUGGACUUGGCUGGGACCUUCGUGCUUCUCGUGGCCGGCGCCGUGGUCUCUGUCCUGACCUUGUUCCUGGAGAUUCUAGUGGCCAGAGCGAAGCGGGAAGGAUGGGGAAGCGAGUGA